AAUUUUGUUUUCAUUUGUGAUAGAUGACGUCAUUAUCUUUCGACUUAAGUUACGUGUGCUAAGUUAGAAAACAGGCUUAUUUCCUCAUCCUUGUUCGAAGUCUAGAAUUUGCUAGAGUUCUUUUACGAGUUAGUUUGGCCUUCGAGGCUGAUUCUUUAAUAAAAUUGUUUAACUGUUUUUUUUCGAAAUGUCUACACCAAGUAUGGAUUCGUUUUUCAGGACUCUAAAUCUUAAAAUGGUGGUUUUUUGAGUGCCAUUGGCUCAUUUGGAUGUAUGAUGGCUUUAAUGAGUACAAGAGAUGAUGGGAAAAAUACUACCACUAGAUUAGGAUUGCUUUUAGGAUUUGCUUUCCUUUCUGGUCUUGGAUUGGGUCCUCUUUUGGAGGCUGUUAUUUCUGUUGAUCCCGCAAUCAUUCCAACUGCAUUCUUUGCAACAUGUCUGAUCUUCACAUGUUUUUCUCUUGCUUCUGUCUUUGGAGACCAGCGCAGAUUCAUAUAUCUUGGAGGAACAUUGAUGUCUUUGUUAUCUGUGCUGAUGAUUGGAGGUAUCUUAAACAUCUUUAUGGGCUCAUAUAUUUUAUUUAAGGCUCAGAUUUACAUUGGUUUACUGGUGAUGUGUGCAUUCAUCGUAUAUGACACUCAAGUAAUCAUGGAGAAACGUCGCAUGGGUGAAAAGGAUUACAUUUGGCAUUCAAUCUGUUUGUUUAUUGAUCUUAUUCAAGUAUUCCGUUAUCUUCUUGUCAUUCUGACUGAUAAAGAAAGCAACAAAAAGAAAAAGUAAUCAGAAAAGGCCUUUUGAAAGCCCUUCUUAUAUAUAUAUAUUAUAUUAUUUGGUAGCACUUUCAUAGUUAUGUAUUUCAAUCUAUAUUUAAAAAAAAAUGUCAUCUUUGAGUGUUAUAAUGAACUUUUUAAUGUCUUGAAAUCUUAUAUUAUUUAGAGUUCUUUUUUUAAUGAAGUGCACACUUGUAUUUGGAAUAAAUAAAAAAAAACCUACUGACGUGUCUGGUUUUUAAUAUAUGUAAUUAUAGCUGUUGCAUUCUGAAUAUUUGCUUCGACAAUUUUUAAAACUAUAAAUGUGCUCAAUGUUAUGUUUACUUAUAAUUGUAUCUGAGUAUUUUUUUGGUCUUUGUAUAAAUUUAUCAAUAAAGUUAUAUUAAUUUUUC